UCUGCGCCGCGUCAGUACAUGCGGGCUCGCCGCAGCGUGCGAACCAAAUUUUUCUGCGGGUGUACGUCUCUUUCCCGUCCACCGUACGGCUUUUACUCGUUUUCGUUGACUCGCGAUAAUUGCGUGCUAAAUUUUCGAUAAGUGGCUGGGGAAGAUUUCACACGCUUUACGCGAAUUCCUGGCAAUUUGUUGGCCAAGAUUUAAUCAGGGCUCAGAAAUAUCGAGAGAAUCAUGCCAGCGGACGCCGAACUCAGUAACCUGCUCAACAGACGGCAAAGGAUCAACGACGAACUUGAGGAGGGCAAAGAGGUGAAGAAGCAGUACAAGUUUGUAAAUGUUUACACCGAGUUUCACGAGUUGUCCCGCCGCGAGAUCAAGCAAUACGAGCAGACCUUCAACAGAUUCGACGAUGGACGCGAUGGCUAUCUCGAUCUCACCGAACUAAAACGAAUGAUGGAAGUUUUGGGUGCACCGCAAACACAUCUCGGACUCAAGGCGAUGAUCCAGGAGGUCGACGAAGAUGGUGACGGUCGCAUAUCUUUCCGUGAGUUUUUACUGAUCUAUCGUAAAGCGCGUGCCGGUGAGUUGGAACAGGAUUCCGGAUUGAGCCAGCUGGCCAGACUCACUGAAGUGGACGUCGACGAAGUUGGUGUUACCGGAGCUAAAAACUUCUUCGAAGCUAAAAUCGAGCAGCUGCGAAAGGCUUCCAAGUUCGAAGAUGAGAUUCGCAUGGAACAGGAAGAACGAAAACGAGAGGAAGAGGAAAAAGCGGCGAGGCGAGAGCAAUUUCGGCAAAAAGCCGCUAUCUUCGGCAAAUAAAAUGAAAAAUUAUGAGAGAGAGUAAAAGUAUAGCCGACUUGUCAUUAGAGAGACCGAUUGCCUUAGAUUGCUUAGAUUGAUUUCCGCUUGAUAUCGACAUCGUCAACGAACGACUGCAUAAACCAUUUAAAUGCGCUCCAAAGCAAACGUGAAAUUACGAAUUUAUCCGCGACAAUUAUUAUUAGAAGAAUUCAAAGUGAGUAAUGUAAUUUCCGGUGCUAUUAGUAUACGAAAAACGAUUUUACGUCAAUCAUUUCUAUUUUCACAAAUAAUGGAUUAUUAUUUCCAUGUGUCAAAUGAUAUUAAAAUCCCAAUUCAGCAAAAUUAUACGCUAAAUAUAACCAUUUUUUAUUUGAAGACUGCUGUGUAUGUGACAUUUAAAUGCUGAAGUCGCGUAUUUUCGAAGCAAGACAAAUAAUAAUAGCAAAAACAAUGAAUUUUUUAAAUUGUCACACAUUAUUAUUUUAUAUACGUAUGUAUAUUUAUUAUUCACACUACAAAUAAUGUGACGCAUUUAGCAUUUACUGUACUUGAAAUACGUUAUUGUUAAGAAUAUUUAAUAGCAUUUGUAUAAUCGUAUGUCAAUUUUUGUAGCUAAAUCGAAGUUUUACAAAAUUCUCGAUAUCUAUCAUUCUGCACAUAUCUAUAUUCUAUAAACGUAUUUUAAAAGCUCACAGAGUUAUUAUUUUAUGAUAAAAAUUUGUAAAAUCACAGAUGAUUGUAAUGCGCAAACUAUUUUUUCUUAGAGAGAGUAGCAGUUUUUAUGAUAAUAAUCAUAGUAUUAUUGUUGUAAAAUAGUCAAUGGUGCUAAACAAAAGUUGUUGAGGAAAAGAUGAAUUAAUAAUUAUACCAAAUGUUUAAUAUAUAAAUGUUAAUGCAAGUAGAAAACAACAGAUUCCAAUAAAUUUUAACAAGAUAUUGAAUAACUUUUUAUCGUAAAUAUUAAAAGAUGAUUAUAUUAAAAAUAAUGUUUUUCACGUAUUGAGUUUUUAACGUAUUGAACAAAAUAUAGAUUAAAGACAAUAUUGACACACAUAAAAAAUCGAUAUUGAAUUAUUCAACAAAAUGGCCUUAAAGAUUUUCGAGCCUUCGAUAAUGUAAGAUUUGUCUCGGCGCGCGCAUGUACUUUACUUUUUAUAACUUAAAUUAUUUUUAAUAAAAUUUUUGGUUACACGUUAAAUAACAUAUAUGAUAAUAUGUAUGUAGAAUAUACUAAAAUAUGUAUGAUUGUAUAUCUGUUGCGUGAA